AUGCGCCUAACGGCUCUCUUCGCAGCGCUCACUGCCGUCGCCUCUGUCGCCGCCGAGCCAUGGCAGGAGAAAUACGGCGGCACACCCGACCUCACGUACUCUGGAGUGGCGGGGUUCGGCCGGCUGCCGUGGGAGCGAUGCCUCGAGAAACCAGGCUAUGGUUUCGACAUUGCUGUCCUUGGCAUGCCCUUUGAUACUUCGGUGUCGUAUCGCCCCGGAGCGCGGUUUGGACCGCACGCAAUCCGGUCUGGAUCACGUAGGCAUGGCCCGGCGCGCUCGUUCCUCAUCCCUUGGGGAACUAGUGUCACGCAGGAUACUGGGUUGCAUAUUGUCGACUGCAACGACGUCCCGAUCUCGCCGUACGACAACGCCUUGGCCAUCGACGAGAUGCAGGUCGCGUAUGCCACCCUCCUCGACCGGCCCACGUCACCCGAUACCCACUUUACCCGCCACAUCGCAAAGGACGGCAAGGAACACCCGCGUAUCCUCACUUUGGGAGGAGACCACACCAUCGUGCUUCCCAUCCUCGGCGCGCUUACGGAUGUCUAUGGCCCGAUCUCGGUGCUCCACUUUGAUGCGCACCUCGACACUUGGAAUGGGAAUGAGCUGGGUGGCGCGCAUACCGAGCAGCACAAGGUUACUCACGGCACGUUCUUCUGGAAGGCAUACGAGCUCGGAUACAUCAACGACAAGACAUCGGCUCACGCCGGGAUUCGUACCCGCCUUAACUCGAUGCGCGACCUGCUACACGACGAGGCAGUCGGCUUCCAGGUCUUCACGACGGACGACAUCGACGAAAUGGGUCCCGAAGGUAUCGCCACCAAGCUCAAGAAACGCCUCGGCAACGGUCCCGUCUACCUCUCCUUUGACAUUGACACGAUCGACCCCUCGAUGGCGCCAGCCACCGGCACGCCCGAGUCGGGCGGCUGGACCACUCGCGAGGUCAAGCGCAUUGUACGCGGCCUUGUCGGCCUCAACAUUGUCGGAGCGGAUAUUGUCGAAGUCUCGCCGGCCUACGACACCAAUGCCGAACUGACGGCCAUGGCUGCCGCCGACCUCGCUCAGGAAUUCCUCGCCCUACUGGCGGCAAAGGAGGCCCCCGUCGCAGCCGUCAAGGGGGGCGUGUUGGACAAGAACCUCCGCGCCAAGGCUGAGGCAGACACGAGCGGCGCGCGCGGCCAAUUCAUCGACAACCGCGAUGAGCUGUAG